GUCCAGCUUCCAGCUUCCCACCCGUCCGGAAAUGUACACCUAUUGUCGAGCAUUGCUCUCACAUGCAUUGCAGUCUAUUGCCAUUCUGACUGCAUAAUUGUCAACUUCUCUUCAAUCCAACAUCCUCCUGGCGUGAUCAGGGCAGCAUAGCCAAGAUCGCCGCAAUGGGGAGGACUCAGCAGCCGUACUUGUAUGACGCAGUCCGGAAGGACGAUGAUCGAUUUCCAACAGCUCCAUUUGACCCGAAAGCAGUGACUCGGGCGAGUCACGAGAAAAAGAAGCCGCAACCCAAGCCCGACGGGCCGCUUGUCUCAGUCAACCGCCAUCCCGAUGCUCACAUGGUGCCUAGCGGUCGAUCCAGGUUCAGGCCGAUGGGCCGCCGGACAAAGAGUUGGAUCAAGGGCAUGCGCGUUGUGCAGUUAUGUCUCAGAGUCUUUGAGGCCGCCGCCGCCGCCGGCAUCAUUGUCGUCAUGGGCCUGUCGGGGCUGAUUGGAUGGAUCAUGGGCGCCACGUGCGGUGUCGUAGUCCUUCACUGUCUCUACAGCAUCUUCCACCACGCCCAACCAGCCGUCUCUAAGACACCCGGCUCUUCAUCCGCCUACCACAUCUUUUCUGCUGUAUCUGACCUCUGCGUGGUCCCUCUUUACGCCUAUGGCGCCCUGACCACUAGGAGCAAGAGUGAGGAAUGGAAGACGACGGACCUCGCCAACACCAACACCAUGAAGUACAUGGUGCCGUCUGUCUACUACGGCCUGAUUGCCGCUGGCGGCCUGCAUCUCCUUUCCCUGGCCAUUUCGUUGUGGCUCGGUCUGAUGUUCCGCCGUAUCGCCCACAUGCCCCCUGACAUGAAUCCCCUCGAAUCCAAUCUCACCGCGCGCGUGCACAAGCGCAACAAGUCCUCGGUUGCCACCUUUUCAACCUACUCGGACGAGAAGCCCAAAACCCAGCUUUACGACGACAACACCCGGCCACCAUCGAUUCCUUUCAUGCACACGCGCCAAAACUCCGAGACGUCCUUCACCUCUCGCGACUCGCGCUUGAGUCUGCCCAGUCGGCAGUACCAAAUCACCCCUAGCAACCGCAGCUCGGCCACCUCACAGGACUUGAAGCGCAUGUCCGCGCCCCAGGCAGCGCACCGCGCCUCAUACACGGAGAUCCCGCUCGGCGAGACCGGCGCCAGCCCGGUCCGCCCAACAUCCAUGCACGCCUCGCGCCCAAGCACAGGUUCCGUGGCAUCCUACCGCCCCGAGCCCGUCCCCGCCGCCCAGACAGCCCAGCCGCGCUCCGCCAAGUUCACCGAGACGUGGUACGCCUCCGAGUCGCUGAUCAACCGCACCGAGCAACGCAACCGCGCCUCCACCCCCCACCGCGGCAUCUACGCCUCCCUGUCGGCCUCGGACUCGGAGGACGACUCCGAGAAUGACACCUACUACACCCCUUCGCGGGGCAACGCAAACAAGGACAACAACAAUCACCCCAACCCGCUCCGCUCCCACCCAACAACAACAACGACAACCACCCCUCCUCUUCCCACACCUGGUAGCCCCAAUAACACAAAAUCCUCCUCGUCCUCCACCCCGCGCCGCCCCCGCACCCCCUUCUCCCGCCUCCGCAAAUCCAUGAUCCUCUCCGACAUCUCCCUCAACGACCGCCGCGUCUCCGGAAGCCAGGACAUCGCCGACCAGGCCCAGGCCCAGCGGAACAGAACCAGCUCAAUCCAGCCCGACGCCGAUUUCCUUCUGAGCGCCGCCUAUUCCAAGCCAUAUGGCCAGCUCCGGGCGGGGACGCCGCCCGUCAUGGUUGGUGGUGGUGAGAGGGACCGGAAUGAGAAUGGGAGGGUGGUGUCGAGUGGGAACGAUUUUGGGUUUGAUCUUGGAACUGCUGCUGGUAGUGGUGGUGGGAUGAUGGGCAGGAGGAUUGUGAGUGGGCGGGCGGCUGAGGAGGGGAGGGCCGGGGCGAGAUGGAGGUGAGGAGAUGGGUUUGAAUGGGGGAGGGAGGGGCACAAUGAGGGGGGUUCGGAGAAUGGAGGAGAAAUAGGUGACUGAAAAAGGGGGUGGGGAGUUUGGAAUUCAUGAUGGAUCUUGGGUUUAUGUUGUGCGGAGUUGGAGUAAAUAG